AUACUCGAGAAACUGGUUUUGUUAAUGCCAUUACCUCAGCGGGUGUUACUUAUGCGGUAACCAAAGCCUGUACUUUGGGCAAUUUGGUAGAAUGUUCUUGUGACAAAAGCCACUCCAGACGCAAUGGUGGUCAACCACAAAUGGUUAAUGCUGUAACGGCUGUAGCUGCCUUGGAGAAGCAACAGGCGGAAUAUGAGAGGAAUUCUACAAGGCCGCGUCAUAAUGCUAAUAAUAGCCGUAGGGGCGGGGGAGGAGGCGGUGGCAAUAGAAGGCGAAAACUUUUGAAAAAUAUUAAAUUUCCCGAGGGCGAAUGGGAAUGGGGAGGUUGCAGUGAUAAUGUAAAUUUUGGCUUUCGUCAUUCGAGAAUAUUUUUAGAUUCUAAAUAUCGUCGUCGAAGUGAUCUGAGGACGUUGGUGAAAUUACACAAUAAUAUGGCGGGGAGAUUGGCCAUUCGAGAUUCUAUACGUUUGGAAUGUAAAUGUCAUGGCCUAUCCGGUUCAUGUACUGUUAAAACAUGCUGGUUAAAAAUGCCCUCAUUUCGUGAAGUUUCCACGCGGCUUAGAGAAAAAUUCGAUGGUGCCUACAAAGUAGUGCUACGUAAUGAUGGCAAUAGUUUUAUGCCCGAAAGUGAAAAUGUCAAACAACCCUCAAAAUACGAUCUAGUAUAUUCAGAUGAUUCAGCCGAUUUCUGUGCACCUAACAUACGAACCGGUUCGUUAGGGACACAAGAUCGUGAAUGCAACAGCACCUCUAUGGGGGUAGAUGGUUGUGAACUCUUAUGCUGUAAUCGAGGACACAAACAUCAUAUCGUCUCCGAAUGGGUUAAUUGUAAGUGUGUAUUUAAGUGGUGCUGUGAGGUGACUUGUGAAAAAUGUCUCGAAAAACGUGAAGUCAAUACAUGUCUUUAGGAGAGAUGUGCGAAUAUACUUAAUAGUUUGUAAUGCAAAAUAAAAAUAAAAUCAAGAAGCUUUCCAUUACACGUGAUAAAUUUUAAUUAUUUAUUAACAAAACAAAUCUGUUUUAGUGAUUAAGUGAUUAAAAACGCUAUAGUAUUCAAUUUACUACCUACUUUUUGUAUACUUUUUUUCUUUAAUUAAUUUUAGUUUUGUUUUAUUAUAUUUAAAUGUAUUAACGUGAUAAUAUUUGUAAUAUUUUUUAUUAUUAUUUUUUAAUUAAUUGUUUUUAUUUUUAAUUUUUGUAAAACUACUAAAUACUUAAUGUAUUUGUGUUAAGUAGGCUAGAAUCUCUUUAUAUUUAUAGUUAAAAUACUUAUAUACUUAUACUUAUAUACACAAGGAAAUGUUAAAGGUUAUGCAUUGUUAACGAUGUAACA